GUUAAGAAGAUGAGAGAACAGUAUGGAAAAUUGAACAGGGUGGAGAUGAGCAUAUGGGAAUGUUGUGAACUUCUUAAUGAAGUUGUUGACGAGAGUGACCCAGACUUGGACGAGCCCCAAAUUGAGCAUUUGUUGCAAACCGCUGAAGCCAUUAGAAGGGACUAUCCUGAUGAAGAUUGGCUACACCUCACUGGCCUUAUCCAUGAUCUUGGAAAGGUGCUUCUUCUUCCUAGCUUUGGGGAACUUCCACAAUGGGCUGUUGUUGGGGACACAUUCCCAGUCGGCUGUGCUUAUGAUGAAUCAAUUGUCCAUCACAAGUAUUUCAAGGAAAAUCCAGACCACUACAAUCCUGCUUACAAUACUAAAUAUGGAGUUUACUUUGAGGGAUGUGGACUCAACAAUGUAAUGAUGUCAUGGGGACACGAUGACUACAUGUAUUUGGUGGCCAAGGAAAAUAAGACCACUCUACCUUCAGCAGGUCUUUUCGUCAUCAGAUACCACUCAUUCUAUGCCUUACAUAGAUCGGGGGCAUAUAAGCACUUAAUGAAUGAGGAGGAUGUUGAGAAUCUGAAAUGGCUUCAAAUAUUCAACAAAUAUGACCUCUAUAGCAAAAGCAAAGUUCGAAUUGAUGUUGAGAAGGUCAAGCCAUACUAUAUCUCUCUGAUUGAAAAGUACUUCCCUGCAAAGCUAAAAUGGUGAAAAGUUGAGAGCUUUGAAGUUUGAUGAGUCGAUGCAUGAGAGUGAUUAGCUUCUAGCUAGCGAUUGAAGAAGAGAUCAUCUUACUUUUCGAGAUGAUGUAUAUUUCCUAUGUUUGGUAAUUAAUAUGUUGUAUUAAUAAAAGGCAAUAGUUGUGCUCUGUGCAGUUCUA